CUAAGGAAAUUUGUCCCAUGCAUGCCAGUAACAGAAAAGGUACUAAGAUCUCUCCUUAUGCUCCCAUGAGUUCCAGCCUGGACAGAGGGUCCUCUUGCUUCCGCUGUUGUUCAACUCUAAAUUGGUCACUCAUUGGCAAAGGCCCCACAAGGUGCUGAGGUGGGCUGGUCUCAUGGAUUACAAGAUGUGACUAACGGAUAAAAGGAAAACUUGUCAAAAUUGAUCAUGUGAAUCUCCUAAAGCAAUGGCGGGAAAGGGAAGCAUUGUAUGCUGAGGAGAAGGAAGAUUAUUCCUCUGGACCAGAGACCUGCCUGGAGGCCCCAGAGGAGCAAUUGAGGUUGAACAUUCAGUUAACCUGGCCCAGGAAUGACAGAGUCAAGCAGUAGUUCCUUGCUGCAGGAGCAAUGGAGAUGCAAUCUUACUACACCAAACUCUUGGGAGAGCUCAACGAGCAACGGAAAAGGGACUUCUUUUGCGACUGUAGUAUCAUUGUGGAAGGGAGGAUUUUCAAAGCCCACAAGAACAUUCUUUUUGCCAACAGUGGCUACUUCCGAGCUUUAUUGAUCCACUACAUCCAAGACAGCGGCCGGCACAGCACUGCAUCCUUGGACAUUGUUACUUCAGAGGCCUUCUCAAUUAUCCUGGACUUCCUUUAUUCAGGUAAGCUGGAUCUUUGUGGGGAAAACGUGAUUGAGGUCAUGUCUGCAGCUAGUUAUCUGCAGAUGACCGAUGUUGUCAACUUCUGCAAGACGUACAUUCGGUCGUCGCUGGAUAUCUGCAGGAAAAUAGAGCGAGAAGCGGCCUUUUAUCAGGCUGACAGUGGGAGCUCCAAUUCUGCUAGAGAGGGCACAUCAUAUGGCGCAAAGAGUCAGUGCUCAGCAUCAGUUUCGUCUCUCCAAGAGAAAGAAAGGAUUCCGGAUUGUCAGCGCGACCCUCCCUGUGGGGAAUGUAGCAGCUGCCACUCCGGUGAGCUUGUGUUGAGGGACCCUGUAGGCAGUGACUGUCCAGACAACACAAAUUCUUCACUGCCCAAAGUGAUAGAACCCAAAGUAGAAUUUGAUGCAGAUGAAGUGGAAGUAGAAGUUGGUGAGCGGCUGCAGCAAUACCCAACUCCUUUGACGAUUGAACAGAUAGAGGAGGGACUUCACAGUGGCCAGGCUAUGGAUCUUGCAUGCAACAACUACCACAUGAAGCAGUUCCUAGAAGCCUUGCUCCGCAACAGCGCAACCCAGAGGAAGGAUGAUGUGGUCCAUCACUUUGUCCGUGGCUUUGAGGGUAGGCCAGAAGAUGCAGGAGUGCCCAUGAGUUCCAUGAUGGAUAUUCACAGUGACUGGUAUGGAGAGGAUACAGGUGAUGUGCUCGUCGUGCCGAUCAAGCUGCACAAAUGUCCAUUCUGCCCAUACACAGCCAAGCAGAAAGGAAUCCUGAAGCGGCACAUCCGCUCACACACGGGCGAGAGACCGUAUCCCUGCGAGAUAUGCGGCAAGCGCUUUACACGGCAGGAGCACCUUCGCAGUCAUGCCUUGAGUGUCCAUCGGUCAAACAAGCCAAUUAUCUGCAAGGGUUGCAGAAGAACGUUUACAAGCAGCCUGUCCCAAGGCUUACGCCGUUUUGGACUGUGCGACAGCUGUACGUGUGUCACGACUACGCAUGAGGAUUCAAUGCCCAUUAACCUCAGCCUGAUGGAACCUUCAUCAGAAGGCCAGGAGAAGAGCGAUCCAGACAAUGAUUGGCCCAUCUAUGUAGAAUCCGGCGAUGAAAACGAUCCGCCGGAAGAUGAUGACGCUGACCCUGAUCCUGAUGAUAAGCAAGACUUCCAUCGAGGAGAAGCACUUAUGUAGCGGCAGAAGUUGGGUGGGGAGAGGUAAAUCCCUUUCCCCCCAUUGUCAUUUUACAGCUGGACACUGUGUAUUUAUCCAGAGUUGUGAAGUGUUUUUUAAAUAUGAAUAUAUUCCAUUUUCUCAAAAAAGAUAGGAACAGUUGGACUAUUAAAAUCCUGAAAUGUCUUUUUAACUUGUUUGUGCU